UUUAUCAGUUAGGUGAAAGCACUUUUCUAUUGCAAAUACAAGACAACAACUCCUUCACCAUAAUGUCACACCAGCGUGCCACAGUGGUGCAUAUGAUAUAAAGGGCCAAUACAGGCGACCAAUAAGAAGUCACCACAUGUACAUGAAGAGGUUUUAAAGAUCACCGACUAGCUGCUUGCUACACACUCCGAGUAGUCUCACUAUUGCAGUCACCACUUUCACCUGAGGAAAGACAAGAGGCCGCGAGUUCUCACUCCACAAGACCAACAUGACAACAACACAUCAGCUAAUGGCCGCCGCCUUCUACCUGUGCGGGCUUAUGUUUCUUUACCACGUCGACUCUGUGAACAGCUUGAGAUGCAAAUAUUGUCUACCUGCUGACUGUAGUUCUGGCAACGUGACAGACAUUGAGUGCCUACCCAACCAAAUCUGCGGCAUUUUUAGACAGUUCACCCCAGGAGUGAACAGCUUUCAGUGCAAGAUUUGUGAUGCCACUGACCCCCACUGCGGUUCCGGAGAAGUGCCAGAUAAAGACUGUACAAACGACACGCACUGUAAUAUUCUUAGAAUGCACCACAAGAACCCAACAAAAGUGGAUACCUAUCGUGGGUGCUCUGAUGGAGGAGAGGACUAUUGCGAGGAUCUUUUGGAUGGGAUGCGUUUGUGCUACAUCUUUUGCAACACGAGCGGCUGUAACAACGAACCUACUAUGUAUUGAGAAGAGCAAUAUGUGACCAUUUUAUGAGAAGCUGCCAAUGAUACAAGCAAACUAUCGCUAUUCAGAAACAAUUUAGUUUGAAGGAUAUUACCCCAAAAAUAAACCGUUUUAUCCACUUAAAAGUCCUUUUCUUUUCUUUGGCUAAGUAUCAUGGAAACAGUUUUAUUUCUGUUAUUCGAGGUUGUAAAAAAAUAUUAUUUUAGGUUUUAAAUUUAUGACAAUAUCUCACAAUAAUUUUUUUUUAAUUAUCAGAAAAACUGAAAAAAGCAGUUGCGAAUCUAAGUUAAUUGUUGUUCCUUUGUCGAUCCAUAUUGUGCGAUUACCGACC